AGGCAAAAUGUUUCUUGAUGUCACAAAUGAAAUAAGAGGUUACCUUCAUCGCACUACUUUGUAACAAAUAUAAAUCCUAACAAGACAGUAAAAUAUAUAAAAGCAUGUUAAAACAAUCAUUUGUUUCAUUUUUUGACUGAACAAGCCCAGUUUCAAAUGAAUUUUUAAACUUUUAAAGAAUCAGUCUUUUGGUCCAAAUGCAAAUAAACUGUACCAGGUAUAUUUUGACCAUUGGGAGUUAUAGUUAUCUAAAUUUAGCUUCACUUUUGCAGCCAAUUGAUAAAAUAAUGUGAUGUUUUCAAGACAUCACCAUUUACAACCUUUCUAAUCUCUAUUCAAAACUGAGUGACUAAUGAAUUGAGUGAAUUAAAGUUAAAUGUUUGACAGAAACCAGUUUAGUAUCUGAACAACACUAGUUUUCUCUAAAUGUUUCACAAAAGAGAAACAAGAAAUAAAAAGCGUCAUGUAAAAUAUCAGCAAAAGAAAUAAUCAUAGUUUUGCUGUGUAUUUCACAACACUGGUGUUGUGCUUUGAAUUUCAUCCCUCCUGAAAGUUAGUGAGGGAAUUCGAUCACUCGACAACCGGAAGUGGUGUUUCCGUGAUCACAGAGAGCUUGAUGCUCCGGAAAAAGCAGCGAGUUACAGCGAAGCGACCGAAGCGAGUGGGAGCGGAGAGGAGACUAGAGCCGAGGAGGAGGAUGAGAGCGACCCUUCACACUUGAAUGGCCCAUAUCUCACCGUGUUCUCCGAUAUUUGCUAACCCGCAUCUUGUUUUCGAGGGUUUUACUCCACCAGAAUGUCGGCAUCAGCGAUAUUUAUCCUCGACCUGAAGGGAAAGGUUUUAAUAUGUCGUAACUACAUGGGGAACAUGGACAUGAAUGAGAUCGACCACUUCAUGCCCAUCUUGAUGAAGAGAGAGGAGGAUGCAGAAAUGACGCCGCUGGUCAGCCGUGGCUCAACGCACUUCCUGUGGAUCAAACACAGCAACCUUUACUUGGUGGCGAUGACCAGGAAGAACGCCAAUGCAGCACUUGUUUACUCCUUCCUUUAUAAAAUAGUACAGGUAUUUAAAGAGUACUUUAAGGAGCUUGAGGAAGAGAGUAUCCGUGACAACUUUGUGACCGUGUAUGAGCUGAUGGACGAAGUCAUGGACUUCGGGUUCCCCCAGACUACUGAGAGCAAGAUCCUACAAGAGUACAUCACCCAGCAGGGCCAUAAACUAGAGGUGGGGGCACCUCGACCGCCCGCCACCGUUACCAACGCCGUGUCUUGGCGGUCAGAAGGCAUCAAGUACAGGAAGAAUGAAGUUUUUAUGGAUGUUAUAGAGUCUGUAAAUCUUCUGGUUAGUGCCAAUGGGAGCGUCCUGCGCAGUGAAAUAGUGGGUAGCAUCAAGCUCAAAGUGGUCCUGUCAGGAAUGCCAGAACUACGGCUCGGCCUCAAUGACAAAGUGUUAUUUGAGAUCACAGGCAGAGAGAAGAGCAAAACGGUGGAGCUGGAGGAUGUGAAGUUUCAUCAGUGUGUCCGCCUGUCACGCUUCGAGAACGAUCGCACCAUCUCUUUCAUCCCCCCCGAUGGCGAGAGCGAGCUCAUGUCGUACCGCCUCAACACAACCGUGAAGCCUCUCAUAUGGAUCGAGAGUGUGAUUGAAAGGUUCUCCCACAGCCGAGUGGAGAUCAAAGUGAAGGCUCGAAGUCAGUUUAAAAGUCGCUCCACUGCCAACAAUGUGUCCAUCAUGGUGCCGGUGCCCAGUGACGCUGACUCUCCCAAGUUCAAGACCAGCACAGGCAGCGCCAAGUGGGUGCCCGAGAAGAAUGUGGUGCAGUGGAACAUCAAAUCCUUCCCUGGAGGGAAGGAGUACGUGAUGCGGGCACACUUCGGCCUGCCCAGCGUAGAGAGCGAUGAGAUGGAGGCAAAGAGACCAAUCACAGUUAAUUUUGAGAUCCCUUAUUUCACUGUGUCUGGGAUCCAGGUUCGCUACCUGAAGAUCAUAGAAAAAAGUGGAUACCAGGCGUUGCCGUGGGUGCGCUACAUCACACAAAGUGGAGAUUACCAGCUCCGGACAAACUAAAGGGCACCGAUGCUGCUAGACGGAUGGGUGUUUUCUCCUUCGGCCCGUCUUCGUCUCUAUUCCCUCCAUUUGUCCAGCUCAGCGUCUGCAGCAGACAGCUGAGGACAGGUGUAGGCGAGCAGAUGACAUCUUCCUCCACCAUGAAUGGUUACUGGAAAUCGUCUUGUCUGUUACAAAACUCCACCAGGAACGGCUGUUGCAUCACUCGUCGUGACGUGUGUUUUUAAGAGCUGCCGAGGGCUCCAGUAAAACAUCUUUAUGACAGGAGCCCCCAGCUGACACCAUCUGGUUGGUGGCAACUGUCUUCCUCCGUCCAAAUUCAUUUCCGACACAUUUUUAGAGAACAUUUUGACUACAAGCUUCCAUUUGAGAAAUUAUUUAUAUCAGUAGCUACCAUGGGUUUUAUCAAGAGGAGAUGAAUAUGUCAGAUUAACGAUUUGGUAAAUUAGAAAUGUGCCGCACAUCCCCUCCCCUUUCUGUUGAACAUUAUGCGUAGCUUUAUGGCCUGCAACCGCCGCCUUAAGUCGGCCAGCGUAUUAAACUGUCAAGAGUUCCUCGUAAUCUUUGUCAUUUCCAACUCCUUCACUGUGAUGCUUUUUGUCGCUGAUGCUGAUUUCCAUCCCGUUCAAAGACUUUUUAUCCUCCAAAAACCUUCGUACAAGUUGAGUCCUAAAGUGGCUGCAGUGGCCGUUGGCUGUGUGAACACAAUCCCCAGAGCGCUGAAACCAACACCAGCAACCAGGUCAAUGAUUAAUAAGGCACAGUGUUGUCAGGGGCAUCAACGGUGUAAGAUAAAACCCGAGGCUCGUGGUUCUGGUCCAGAACUCAGCUUUGAGGCAGGGACUUUAAACUAAUAAGGUGCUGAUUUGGUUUAAGUGUUUAGAUUUUUUUAGUUGUUGGUUCUCUUUAGAUUGAAGCUUCACAGAAGAACAAAUGAGAGUUAAAAUGGUUCAAGUGUUAAGGGGGAAUGGUUAAAGGAUAAAUGAAUAAUACACUUAUUUUUUCUUUUGAUUGCUGCAGCUUUCUGUAUUUUCUUGUACCAGUUUGUGAUCAACUUAGCCUUUUUUAUACAUUCAGCUGCCCUGAGAAAAACGUGCUUCUAUACCGUGCUUUUAAAACUCUUUAUAAUCUUUUGUCUUGUCUUUUGAGGGGAUCAGUUUUGACAUGUGGGGAUGUUUUUACUUGCAUUUCAUUUAUUUAUCAAUUACCAUAGGAAACAAAGGGAUAUAUUUGGAAAUAAACAUGCUUUGUCUCUUA